AUGUCACCCCAUGAAACAUCAGACACAGUCAAAGGAGCACAUGAAAAUCUUCGCCAUGAUGAUAUUGCCGAUCUUGAGCGCCUGGACUCGAAGAAUGGCGUUGACAGUCCCCGACUUGUUUCCGACCCCGAGCUCGAAGGGUUGACACUGUACGAGAAGAAGGCGCUCCUUGUCAAUCAGGAACUCGACCGGCAGGGCAUGGGACGAUACCAAUGGAUGAUAUUCCUCCUUUGCGGCUUCGGCUAUUUUCUCGAUCUGUUGUGGGCCCAGGCCUUUGGUUUGGUAGUGCCUCAGAUGCAGUACGAGUUUGGUUUCUCAGACCCUGAGCUCGGAAACAUCUUCGUCUGCUUUUCAGCUGGAUUGACCGCUGGCGCCGCUUUCUGGGGCAUCGUUGUUGACAUUAUCGGACGCUACUGGGCAUUCAAUUUCACGGUUCUCUUCUCCAGCAUCUUCGGCUUGUUCAUUGGGGUUUCCAAUACCUACACUGCUGUCCUCAUUCUUACAGCUUUUGUUGGAAUCGGUGUCGGAGGGAAUAUCCCCAUUGAUACGACAAUCACCUUGGAGUGCUUACCCCAGAAUCGACGGUGGCUGUUGCCAACGCUUUCCAUCUUUCAACCACUCGGCGUUGUCAUCUGUAGCGCGAUCGCAUACGGCUUCAUACCUAAGAAUUCCUGUGGCCCAGAUGACUCAUGCGCGACAGUGGAAGCUGGCCAACGCUGCUGCCAGAAAGCCGACAAUUGGGGCUGGCGGUACACGAUGUUUACUCUCGGCGCCAUCACCAUGGGUGUGUUUCUCGCUCGAUUCGUGAUUUUCCGGUUCCAGGAAAGUGCCAAAUGGCUACUCUACCGCGGCAGAGAUGAAGAGGCUGUCAAGGUCCUCCAAUACAUUGCAAAGUACAACAAAAGGGAGUGCCAUGUGUCUCUAGAGAGUUUUGAAGCUCUCCAGGACGAUACCUCAUCAGCCGGGACAGGCGACUCAUCAAGGCCCGUGCUAGGAUCUGGAGUGCUCCAGAAGGACGCGGCUAUUAAAGAUAAGCUUGUGCUCGAGCUCCAGCGCUACAAGUACCUCUUUUCGAGCUGGCAGAUGGCUCGUUUCACGAUUCUCGUAUGGAUUACUUACAUGUGGGACUACUGGGGAUUCAGCAUUGCCGGAUCGUUUCUGCCAACCAUUCUGAUACGAAAGGGAACCGAUCUCGGCCUUACGACAGACGACACCUACCGCAGCUUCGUCUAUAUUUACCUGUUCGGAAUACCCGGAGUUUUGCUGGGCACAACAAUCUACAGGUGGCGCCAACUCUCGCUUCUAUUAUCUUCGGCGUUGUUCGGAGCCAUGCUCUUCACAUUCACUGCAGUCAACGAUCAGCCAAGCUACAUUGGUAUCAACGGUCUGGUCUAUUUCUUCCAGUCCAUGUUCAAUGCUAUACUGUACGGUUGGACGCCCGAGAGCUUCCCUGCACCAGUGAGAGGCACUGCCUGUGGUAUGGCUAGCUUCUGGGGAAGGAUCUUCUCCAUCAUCGCCCCGAUUGCAGCCUCUCGAGUACUGGCGCACAGCGAGAAUGGUGUAUUGUAUCUUGCUGGGGGUGGAGUCUGGAUAGCGACGAUCUGUAUUGUCCUGAUGCCGAGAAAGUAUUUCGGUACUCAAAGCUACUAG